GUUUUGUGUACACACGGAAAACAGGCUUGCCAGAGGAAAAACGGAAGCAGUCAGGCAUUCACUUGGUAACGGUUGUAGCCGAUAAUAAUUUAUUCCCAGGUUCCGAUUUUUACAUUUCUCUCUGUUUGGCGAUGUUGUUCAGUCACUGAAAGGUUUAGCACAGAAGAAAGAAAUGGAAGAGAUAAAGACCGAGCCUGUGGAUUUUGUGAAGGAAUUUCAAGAAUACCUGACACAGCAAACCCAGCAUGUAAACAUGAUCUCAGGCUCUGUUUGUGGGGAGAAAGAGUCAGCGGAGCCGUUUCAAGCCGCUGCACUCAGGAGUGAGCAGAAUGGUCUGGACCCACCGUCUGUGGAGGUGAGCCUGUCAAUGGAAGACGGGUCAGACGUUCAGAUGGAUGGCUUGGAGAGGACUUGCGAUGGGAAGUACAAGUGCAGCUACUGUAGCUAUGCCAACAAGGGCAUGGCUCGCUUAAUAGAGCACAUCCGCAUCCACACAGGAGAAAAGCCUCACCGCUGCCAGCUAUGCCCAUUUGCCUCUGCGUACGAACGCCACUUGGAAGCCCACAUGCGCUCACACACGGGAGAGAAGCCGUACAAGUGCGACCUCUGUGCCUUCCGCUGCAGCGACCGCAGCAACCUGUCACACCACCGCCGCCGCCGCCACAAGCUUCUGCCCACAAGGGUCGUUCGCUCUCCUUUCACCAACAAAAGGAUGUUGAGCGCCUUGCAGAAGAGGACGGGCUCGCUGGGCUUCGGCCGGCGGCUGCUCAUCAAUUUCAGCCCUCCCUCCAUGGUGAUGCAAAGUCAGGAUUAUCUGAGUGACUUGUCUCACAAGAUCCAUCACCAUUUGAACAGCAGUGAGUAUAAGAACCCUCCCAAGGUGGAUGAGAAUGACAGUCGCAACAGGGGUGCUAAUGGUUUGACGUUUAAUAACCCACUGGACCAGCUGUCUACACUUGCUGGCCAAUUGGCUGACCUUCACCCUGAGUCUCAGACUCCCGCAUCCCCAGAAACGGAGUCCUUAAAAGACGAGAAGCCCAUCCUCAUACACCAGGUGUCUAGUGAACAGGUUGCAGUGUGUUCAAACGGAGUGCAGACGUCACCACCCACGAAAGAAUCUCCCACCUCAGGCCACAGGAGCUGCAGUCCUGCUGCCUGCCUCGGUUUUGAGAACAACAUGAAUGCUCUUACUGCGAGCGUUAACAACAACAGCCAGCCGAGCACGCCCGGUCCUAGCCUGACUGCACCGGACCAGCAGCAGUUACAUAAAUGCCAGCACUGUGAUAUUCACUUUUCCGACAAUAUCCUCUACACCAUUCACAUGGGCUGUCAUGGCUAUGAACAUCCUUUCCAGUGCAACAUCUGUGGACACAUGUGCAUAGACAAAUACGACUUUGCGUGCCAUUUUGCCCGUGGCCAACAUAAAAAGUGAUUCCUUGCAACAUGCCGCACUUGUACAGCAUGUAAACAUGGUGACACUGAUUUUUAUUUUUGUUAUGUACAGUGUACUAUCUACCUUACACUCAUUAACUGCGCUAUAUUUUUGCCUCACUGCAGUUCUACGCAGUCCCCCAGCUCGGUUCCACGUUGCUCUCAGCUUUGAGCUUUUCACAUUUGAAUAGACAAACCACUUGCAGCACAGAAUAGUUAGCAUCUUACAGUCAGUGUUAGCUAAAUCCCUCUGACCACUGUCAUUCUAUGCUAGUACAGCCUCCAAUGUUUGGAAUAACAUUGUGAUUUGGGGACUUGACAAUGGGUCACCAUGCUUUCACUCAGCUCUUACAUAGGCAGCUAUAUAUGAGACAUUUAAAAUAAAAGACUAAUUAACAGUAUUUAAAAAUGAACAUUUCAGGCCUUCACCAGCUCGGUAUCCACUGCAGGGCUAUUAAACUUCAAAACAAAUGUCAUUUUGUCCACCGUCUGUAUAUUUGGUUGUGAGGCUAAUUAUACACCAAAGUUUCCAUCUCCAUUAAAUUAGCUGGGCACAUUUGCUGUGAGAAACUGAAGUGGGAGAGACUGACCACCUAAUUGGCUCAUUUUCUGUACAAAACUGAAAUUUGUGUCCAGCUGGACUCAUUAUAAUCCUGCUUGCUGUUCAGAUAUGUAUUUAUACCUCACUCCAUAGACUGUAGAAGGUGUCCAACCAAAUCAAUAUUUUAGAUAUUGUUUUUCCCUUGUUUGAAAAAAAAAAAUUAUACCCUUGAACCCCUUUUCUACAAAUAUUUAUAAAGUGUGUUGAGUAAUUUUGUGGUACAAAAUCAGAUUUCACUGUAGCCACUUCUUAUUUGUGUAGUAGCUGAUGUUGAGGCACUGUUAAGAUCCAGGGUAACCCUGUGACUCCUAAGAUGUAAUGUGAAGUAAUGUUACUUUUUUACUUCUAGUAGUAGUUUUUGAUUUUGUAGAAAUCUUGGUCCAAAGUAAAUUUCAUUUGGUUUACUCGUUUGUAUGCGAUUAUCUUAUCAUGGACAGAAGAUGGGAAUUUUGAGAUUACUGGGCUCUUUAAUCUUAAGUAUAUCACAUGUAUCCUGACAGACAGGUAAAAUGUUAGCUGAUCAACAUUUUAUACCAUACUUGCAGAAACCAUGUACUUGUCUACUACACAGUUGCUUAUUUUGAGUUUGAAGUGGAUUUUGAGGAAAGUUUGGGCUUUAAAAAAGUUUUUAUUUCUAAAUAAAAUAAUGAAAAGAUAGA